AUUCCAAUGCCAUGUUGAACAGCAAAUGUAAACAACUGGACACUAUCUGGAACCAAAUGUUCAUAUGACGGCUGACAGCACAAAAAUGAUUUCGCUCACGACAGCGAGUUCAUCCACUUUUGCCUGGGCAUUUGUUUUCGCAAAUGUCUUUUACGUAUCGGCUCAAGUGAUAGAAUUAACACCUGUUCCUUGUGAUGACAAAAGCGUGGAAAAAUUGGCUCGACUUGCCAUCACCUAUAUAAAUGAAGAUCGACAGACGGGAUAUAAAUUUGCUCUCAAUAGAAUUACCAACGUACAGCUUCACGCACAGGGACCCGCUGGAAAAGUUUACUACCUCGAUGCAGAUGUACUCGAGACCAAGUGCCACGUGAAGAGCCCCAAACCCUGGAAGCGAUGUGACGUACGACCUUUCAUGGAAACUCAAAUUUCAGGGAACUGCAACAUAACCCUUCUUCAUGAUGCUGGCGGAUACGAGUAUCUAUACAGCUAUGACUGCACUCUAGUACCAGAUCCACCAGAGAAGCUUCAGAAGACGUGCCCAGUCUGUCCUCUCUUGCUCCAAGUGGACAGCCGAGAGGCCUUGGGAGCAGCUCUUCUCACACUCAACAAGUACAAGGCCCAGAGCACACUUCCUGUAAGCCUGGCCCUGCACACCAUCACACGCGCCUCUGCACAGCGUGUACCAUUUAAGCGCACCUUCGUCGAGUUUACCAUUGCAGAGUGUGGAGAGGGACUAACUGCCUCAGGUUUCUGUGAGCCAGUGGAUGCUGUGAGAAAGCCCAUUGGUUUCUGUGCUGGAGUUGUUGUUGGUAACAGCUGGUUCCAACAAGAUGCUAAGGUGUCCUGUGAAAUAUUCCACCCACAGCGCUUUGGCUCUUCAGCCAAGGUCAAUGUAAAGCCUGUGGUCCACGAUGUUCCCCCCACUGUUGCGACGGAACCGGGUACUGGAAUCGAUGCUGUCGUCCCUGAAGUUCCGGGUCCGAACCCGAACCCAUACACGCCCAUUCAGCCACCUGUGGUGCCCGACGACAGGCUCUUGGACCCCAUCCAUCAUACUCCUAUGACCUAUGACCCCAUGGUUGUGAGUCCACAUGUUGCAGCGUCCUCCAGCGAGGAGUCAUCAGAGUCCCAGUCUUCUGAGGAGCUUGGGGUCACCGUCACCAGACCUUCGGCGGACUUCCGCUACAAGCCUUACCGCAGGAAGAGACAUGCCAUCUUUGGCACCAAACCUCCCCACACCCCAGUGUUCCUUGCGGUGUUCCCCAGUGGAGACUCCCCUUUCCGCUCCUGCCCUGGGGUUCCUCGCUACACCACUCUGUAGAGAGAGAACCAUAUCAGUCACAGUCCAGAAAUAUGAAAUUGUCAGAGCCAAUCAGACAACUGGAUAGCCUUGUUUUCACCUACAGUAUGUUAAAUAACAGACAGCAACUUGAUUCCCAAAGCUUUUCAGUGAAGAUUUUUGGAAUGGUAUUUUACGAUCAUCGAAUUUAUUUUGAAAAUAAAACAAUUGUUAUUGCUUCAAAAUAAUCUUCCACCAUUGAAAUACCAGGCUUUGUGCCCAUAGUCAUAGGCCAUAUGGUGACUAUGCUACAGUAUCCUUGGACGGGUAUUUCAACAGAGCUGAGCACUGGCUGUGUGAUUGACUCUUUAACUGACUCUGUGCAUAUUAAGAUGCACCAAAUGUACUCACUUGGAAAGUUGGGUCCAGUCUUAAACAAAUAUUCACAAACAAUUUAUAGCCCUUGGAAAAUCAGAACGUUAGUGAGCUAAAUUUUUAAGCAUUUUAUUGCUCAGUAAGUGGCAAAUGGGAAAUCAAUCAAAUCACAGCGUGCGAUACAUUACUGGAAUGAGAUAUUUGCUUAAAAUGGCUUCAACUGAAUUUGUUUUUGUUUUUGUUUUAUUCUGAGCUGUCCUGUAAAAGGUUACAUGGUAUAAAAUCUAUCAUAAUA